GGGUUUGUUGUUGUUCUGGCGACCGGCUGGGGAAACCAAAGAACCUGGAAGCAAGGACGGCCAUGGAGUCGUAGGCUGGUGCGCUGAGAAGAUGAGAGAAGAGGUGUCCUGCGCCAACUCCCCCGAAGGAGGCCUGGGGGCCAGCGAGGAAGAACUGGAGAGGAGCUCCAAGAAGAGUCUGCAGGCGGCCCACAGAAAACGCUCCCCUCACCUCAAGAAGGACAAUCAGACGGACCAGAGCGCCGCCGGCAGUCCCCAGCUGGGCCCCAAGAGGGUGAAGAAGAGCCCGCCGCCCGCGGUGAGCCUGGCCCCCGUCGGCUCCCUGGGCCCCAGGCCCGAGCAGCCCUUCGAGGACCUCCACUCCCAGCGGGUCAUCGCCAACGUACGGGAGCGCCAGCGCACGCAGUCGCUCAACGACGCCUUCGCCUCGCUGCGCAAGAUCAUCCCCACGCUGCCCUCGGACAAGCUGAGUAAGAUCCAGAUCCUCAAGCUGGCGUCGCGCUACAUCGACUUCCUCUACCAGGUGCUGCAGAGCGACGAGAUGGACGCUAAGCUGGCCAGCUGCAACUACCUGGCUCACGAGCGGCUGAGCUACGCCUUCUCCGUCUGGAGGAUGGAGGGCGCCUGGGCCAUGUCCGCCAGCCACUAGGGCCCCCACCUCCUCCUGUCCGCCAGCCACUAGGACCCCCACCUCCUCCUGUCUACCAGCCAUUAGGACCCCCACCUCCUCCUGUUCACCAGCCACUAGGACCCCCACCUCCUCCUGUCCACCAUGUCUCUUUGUCUCUUAUUCCUCUCCUCUUUCCUUUCCUUCAAUUGGUGCAACACCACCGCUCACCCUCAGAACGCCAACAAAUGGAAAAUUGUCGACGAAAAGUCCUCUCUCCCACUGACACUUUUCCACGGACACGCUGGUGACAGCGAGACGUGGAAGUGGACUCUUGACGGCGAACAAUGGCCCCGAGGAGACGCGGGCGAGGGACCAAGAAGGCGGACGGACGCAGCCAAUGAAUGUUUUUCUUUCUUGUUUAUAUAAUAAGCUGGGUCACGUGACCCCCCCCCCCCCCCCCCCCCCCCAGAGGCCCAAUCACACGCUUCUUUCGUGGAUAAAUGGACUACGGCACGGCCAAUGGCGACGCUUUGCGGGAAAGGAACCGUCUUCUUCUCACGCUUUCAACUCUUAUUUUGUAAAGGAAAAAAAAGAAAAGUGUGACAAAUUGGGAUCUCAGCCACGUUGAAAAGAUUAUUUUGUGCAGAAAUGAUCUUUGAUUGUUUGUAUAGUUUGUUUGUGUAUUUGUUGUGUCAACUCCUGUGGACAAUAAACUUU